UGAAAAUGGCAGAAAAUCUUGACUGCUCAGCUUCAAAUCUUCUAUGUUCAGAGGACACAAGCUCUUGCUUUGAUGGUGAUCUUGAUUUUAAUGCCAUGACUGAGUUUGGGUUUUCCCCUGCUUGUCACCACCACCACCUUAAAAACCAAAUCUUUAAUCAACCGAGCCCAUUUUUUAUAAACAACAGAUCAACUUCUUUGAUGGGUAGUUCUGGUUUUGCAAUACAAAGUGAUGAUAGAAUGAAACAAAUGGUUGAAAAAGAGAUUGAGCAUUUGCCUGGAGAUGAUUAUCUUAAGAGGCUGAGAAGUGGGGAUUUGGACUUGAGUGUUAGGAGAGAGUCUCUUGAAUGGAUUUGGAAGGCUUGUGCUUAUUUCCGUUUUGGACCUUUGAGUCUUUGCCUAUCCAUUAACUACUUGGAUCGUUUCCUAUCAGUUUAUGAAUUACCAAGAAGUAGAACAUGGACUGUGCAACUGCUGGCUGUAGCUUGUUUAUCGAUUGCAGCCAAAAUGGGGGAGGCAAAGGUGCCUCUAUCUGUAGAUUUGCAGGUGGGAGAACCAAAGUUUGUCUUUGAAGCUAAAACAAUACAAAGAAUGGAGCUUUUGGUUUUAAGCACAUUGAAGUGGAAAAUGCAUGUUCUUACUCCUUGCUCUUUCAUUGACUACUUCCUGAUGAAAAUCUGUAAUGAUCAAUAUCCAUCAUCAACUUCGAUCUCUAGAUCAUUACAACUAAUACUGAGCACAAUCAGAGGUAUUGACUUCUUGGAGUUCAGACCUUCUGAAAUUGCUGCAGCAGUGGCAAUUUUUGUUUCAAGAGAAAUGCAAACAUUACCGAUUGAUAAAGCUAUUUCAUCUUUCGUCUUUGCAGAAAAGGGUAGAGUGUUGAAGUGUGUUGAACUGAUGAAAGAUUUGUCAUUGAUUAAUGGGUCUGCUACUGCUACUGCUAACGCUAAUGUGGCAACUCCCUCAGCUUCCUCUCUGCCCCAAAGCCCCAUUGGGGUGUUGGAUGCUGCAUGCUUGAGCUAUAAAAGUGAUGAAAUAACAGUUGGGUCAUGUGCAAAUUCUUCUCAUUCUAGUCCAGACAUUAAAAGGAGGAAACAAGACAAACCAUCGCAACUCUAUUUCAAGUCAUGA